UGGCGGGAGUGGGGGCUGGAGCACGUGGUUGCAUAAAAGAACGCGCAUAAAUCAUGGGCUAGUUUAUUGUUUAAUUAGCGAGGCGCGAACGUGGAAGGACCUUACCGACAAGAAUGGCCUCCGAAAAUUGCAGCCACGGUUCCGAUGACGAAACUUGCUGCGAAAUGCAGAACUUCGCUAUAGAAAAAAGAAAAAAUCGGGGCGCCGUCACGUCUGGAUUGACGCACGAGUGCGGCGUUUUUGGGGCCAUCGGGUGCGGGGAAUGGCCCACGACCUUGGAAAUCUCGCAGAUUAUCUGUUGGGGGUUGGUCGCUCUUCAGCACAGGGGUCAAGAAUCCGCCGGCAUCGUCACCAGCGAGGGCAAAUGCUCCAAGUACUUCAACAUCGUCAAAGGCAUGGGUCUAAUCAGCAACAUCUUCAACGACCAAGCCAUCCGCAAGCUGAAGGGAAGCAUCGGCAUCGGCCACACCAGGUACUCCACGAGCGCCGCCUCCGAAGAAGUCAACUGCCAGCCCUUCGUAGUGCACACCCAACACGGCGCCCUCGCCGUGGCCCACAACGGGGAGCUGGUGAACUGCGACAGCUUACGAAAAAUGGUCCUCGGCCGCGGCGUCGGGCUUUCCACCCACUCGGACAGCGAACUUAUAACUCAGGCUCUGUGCUUGAACCCCCCUGAAGGCGACGAGCUCAACGGACCGGACUGGCCCGCUAGAAUCAAGCACUUGAUGCAGCUGGCGCCCCUUAGUUACUCCCUAGUCAUCAUGCUGAAGAAUAAAAUCUACGCCGUGCGAGAUCCAUAUGGGAAUCGACCAUUGUGUCUGGGCAAGAUCUUGCCCCAGAACGAACCUCUGGAUGGCGACUGCGACGACAGCAGGGAAGCCGAAGGCUGGGUCGUCUCGUCGGAGUCCUGCGGGUUCUUGUCGAUCGGCGCCCAGUACGUCCGGGAGGUGUUCCCAGGGGAGAUCAUCGAGAUGACUCGGCACGGAAUUCGGACCAUCGACAUAGUGGAACGACCGGAGAACAAAAUCCAGGCUUUUUGUAUCUUCGAGUACGUUUAUUUCGCCCGUGCUGACAGCAUCUUCGAGGGGCAGAUGGUGUACGCGGUGCGGAUGCAGUGUGGGCGGCAGCUGGCCAUUGAACACCCCGUGGAGGCGGACAUUGUGAGCUCGGUGCCGGAGUCGGGGACGGCGGCGGCGCAUGGAUUCUCGAGACAGAGCGGGAUUUCUUUCUCAGAGGUGCUGUGCAAGAACCGGUACGUGGGGCGGUCGUUUAUUCAACCCAGUAAUCGACUGAGGCAGCUGAGCAUUGCGAAGAAGUUUGGCGCUUUGUCUGGCAGCGUUAAAGGCAAACGCGUCCUCCUCAUCGACGACUCGAUCGUCCGCGGCAACACCAUCGGCCCCAUCAUCAAACUGCUCCGAAACGCUGGUGCCAAAGAAGUCCACAUCAGGGUAGCCAGUCCACCACUACUCUACCCAUGCUACAUGGGCAUAAACAUCCCUACCAGAGAAGAACUCAUCGCUAAUAAACUCAACCCAGACGAACUAGCAGUUCAUGUUGGUGCCAACAGCCUGAAAUAUUUAAGCGUAGAAGGCUUAGUGAAGGCCGUCAGAUCAGACAUCAAGACCAAAAAUCCGCACAAAGUGGGCCACUGCACUGCGUGUCUCACGGGCGAAUACCCCGGAGGCGAACCCCACAAAGACCUGGAUUGGUAAAUCGACCCGCCGCCGGAAGAGGGCGUUAAAUAAGAAUCUCGUUGAGCUUGAGGUGGUCCACACCGAUUUAUUUAUGACGUGAUACAAACAUUCCCUAUAUUUUCGUUAAAAAAAAUAUGAAAAUGUGAUUAUAUAUGUAGUUUAGGUUUGUUAGUUGACCACACUAAAACCGAUUAUGAAUGAAAGUGGGUUUUUAAAAAUAUAGUUUGAAUGCAG